UUCGAACAAGCGCCCAUGUACAUUUAUGUCCUUACGUAUAUCGGCUACACGAUAGGAGCGCUAUUCGGCUACCUGCGCGACUUCUUGAGAGGCUGCGGACUGCAGAAAUGCACUAUCGCUACAGAAAGGGAAGAACAGAAAGACUUUGUCCCACUUUAUCAAGAUCUUGAGAACUUUUACAAACGAAACCUCUACGUGAGGAUAAGAGACAACUGGGACAGGCCUCUCUGCAGCGUUCCUGGACCGCAGUUUGAAAUGUUGGAACGUGUUUCCGAGGAUUACAACUGGACAUUUAAGUUCACCGGAAGGUCGAUCAAGAACAUAAUCAACAUGGGUUCCUAUAACUACCUCGGAUUCGCAGAAACUGAGCCUAGCGCUAUAAAAACGGUGUGCUCUAUGUUAAGUAAAUAUGGGGCCGGAGUUUGCAGCACAAGGCGAGAGAUGGGCAACUUGGAUAAACAUGUGGAGCUUGAAAAUCUGGUGGCACGGUUCCUGGGCGUGGAAGCAGCCAUGGCCUUCGGCAUGGGUUUCGCUACGAAUUCUAUGAAUAUCCCGGCGCUGGUUGGAAAGGGGUGUCUUAUUUUAAGUGAUGAGCUGAACCACAGUUCUCUCGUCCUGGGCGCCAGGCUGUCGGGUGCUACGAUCAGAGUCUUCAAGCACAACAAUACUCAAAGUUUAGAAAAGCUGCUGAGGGAAGCGGUGAUAAACGGACAGCCCCGGAGCCGGAGAGCCUGGAAGAAAAUCCUUAUUCUAGUGGAAGGCAUCUACAGCAUGGAAGGCUCCAUCGUACGCUUGCCAGAGAUCGUGGCACUGAAGAGAAAAUACAAAGCCUACCUCUACUUGGACGAAGCCCACAGCAUCGGGGCCGUUGGCCCGACAGGCCGGGGGGUUGUGGAGUACUUCGGAAUGGACCCUGAUGACAUCGACGUACUGAUGGGGACAUUCACCAAAAGCUUUGGAGCAUCUGGAGGCUACAUUGCCGGCAGGAAGGAACUAGUGGACUACAUACGGACGCACUCCCAUAGCGCCACAUACGCCGUAUCUAUAUGCCCACCCGUAGCAGAGCAGAUCAUAAGAGCGAUGAAAUCUGUCAUGGGACUAGACGGCACCACACAAGGACUUCAAAGAGUCCGGCAACUAGCAGAAAACACAAGGUACUUCAGAAGAAAACUGCAUGAGCUGGGCUUCAUCAUUUACGGCAACGAAGAUUCUCCUGUCGUCCCUCUGCUGAUCUAUGUGCCUGGGAAAAUUGGGGCUUUUUCAAGACUCAUGUUAGCAAAAAAUAUUGGCGUGGUUGUCGUGGGCUUCCCAGCAACUUCGCUCACAGAAUCCAGGGCUCGGUUUUGCGUCUCGGCUUCUCAUACUCGAGAGAUGUUAGACAAGGUUCUGCAUGCUCUGGAUGAACUUGGUGACUUUCUGCAUCUGAAAUACUCCCGGCACCCCAGGCCGCCUCGUCCCGAACUCUGCAAUGAAACAAGCUUUGAACUCCAAGAUUAAGCUCCUGUCCCAUGAAGAAAACACGUCACCGGGGGAAAUAAGGAAAUCUAGGAAGGCCUUGCUUCUUUUCUAAAGACAGUUUUUGCUUCUCUGUUAACUCAGUCAAGGGAAGCGCUGUUUGUGUAUUACCGGGUCAGAUUCUGUGAGCGAGAGACUGGAAUAUUGCCACAGGUUUAUCCCCCACUGAGAAAUAUGUAUUUUAUUAUUAUUAUUAUUAAUAUUAAUAUUAUUAUUUUUUGGUGCAAAGAAAAGACUGUUCUGUUAAGUCCGUCGCUACUAUGCAGCCACUGUGUGCCUUUUAACAGGCAGGUUUUGGAUAGUUCUUAAUAAUGGUUACAAUAAUUUUUUUUUUUAAACAAAAGAAUUACUUGCCGCAUAGAGUAUUUAAGUAAAAUCUCAUUUGUUGAAUUGGCUUUCACGUGCAGAAGGGGCCAUGGUGUCUUUGCUUCGUACAGGGAUUCAGCACCCUGAGAUGACCGGUGCUUGCGGGUGAGAGAAUGGCCGUUCGGGACCUGACCUGACGUUAGCCAUUUCCAGUGGACGGGAUAGGGAAGUUAAAAGUUCUUUUCCAGAUGGUGUUUCCAAAGAAAACACCUAUUGCGGCCUUCAGUUUGACAAGAAAGGGCAAGCCACAAGAUGCUUAGGUAUCCAUACAUCUCGGUUGUGAUUCUUACACAGUUAAUGCACUGAAAUCUUACAAAUAAAAACUGAAAUCCUUU